ACUGAACUCUAUGACAAUGAAACUAAGAGCUGUUAAAGCUUUGCUCCUUUUACUCAUAAGUAAUGAGAUAGCUUUAUCAACAGAAGACACUACAACAUCCCCAGACCCGACCACAACAACAAUACCACCUACAACAAUACCCGCCACAACUGCAGGCCCGACCACAACAACAAUGCCACCUACAACAAUACCUGCCACAACUGCAGGCCCGACCACAACAACAAUACCACCUACAACAAGACCUGCCACAACCGCAGGCCCGACCACAACAACAAUACCACCUACAACAAUACCUGCCACAACCGCAGGCCCGACCACAACAACAAUACCACCUACAACAAUACCCGCCACAACUGCAGGCCCGACCACAACAACAAUACCACCUACAACAAGACCUGCCACAACUGCAGGCCCGACCACAACAACAAUACCACCUACAACAAGACCUGCCACAACCGCAGGCCCGACCACAACAACAAUACCACCUACAACAAGACCCGCCACAACCGCAGGCCCGACCACAACAACAAUACCACCUACAACAAGACCUGCCACAACCGCAGGCCCGACCACAACAACAAUACCACCUACAACAAGAGCCGCCACAACCGCAGGCCCGACCACAACAACAUUACCACCUACAACAAGACCUGCCACAACCGCAGGCCCGACCACAACAACAAUACCACCUACAACAAGACCCGCUACAACUGCAGGCCCGACCACAACAACAAUACCACCUACAACAAGACCUACCACAACCGCAGGCCCGACCACAACAACACAACCUACAACAAGACCCACCACAACCGCAGGCCCGACCACAACAACAAUACCACCUACAACAAGACCAACCACAACAACAAAUUCAACCACAACAACAAGACCCGCCACAACCACAAGCCCAACCACUACAAUGACCACAACAACCACAACCGCAUCAAGUACCAUAACCAGCACAACGCAACAUACAUCUGGAACCUCUUCUACAACAACCACAUCAGGCAGUCCAACUAGCACCACUCUUACCACUUCUACAGCUGCCUCAUUCUGUAGCAUUGUAACCAAUACCAUUGUCAAUGGAAGUUUCCAGCUCAACGUCACUCCUGACAUCCUUAGAAGCAACAGUGCUUAUACUGUGAAUAUAAAUGGACACGGAAAUUCCACCAUUGUCUUACAGGCCAUAUCUGAUGGAGUCUUUGUGGGGUCCUGGUCAUCUGGCAACCGUACAUGUACUGGAGGCUCACCUUUGUUUCAAAUUUCUUCUGGCACAAAUACUACUGCCCUGACUACUAUCUGGACAUCCCCAGACAAUUUAAAAUCUGUUGAACUAAGGGCUUACAUUCAAGUGUCCGACACCUACAAACUUACUAAGACACUUAAUUCUGCUCUGACCACAAUGCCACCGAUGUUCCUUAUCUUUCUUCUAUUAACCACAACAUUGUUAUCAUAAACCGGAUGAAGAUCAACUAUUCAGAACUUGGAAAUCAUUUUUAUUAACAUAUACCUGAUGUAUCUAUACUAUUUUAUUAAUUUUCUCAAUGGGCCUUCGUAAUCAAACCAUUUGAAGCAAGGACUGUUUAUAUUGCUCCAUAGCAUCCAUAAGAUUCCAACAUGUCCUUUUUUAAAUACAUUCUUUUCUUAAAUACAUUUUAAUACAUGCAAGAAAGGGAAAAUGAUCAACAACGUAAAUUAGAUUUUUCGUCCAGGUGGUAGUUACUGCAGUCUAUAUGAUAUAGUAUAAUGUAUUAAAAGGAUGGCAAAAGCAUUCAUAUAACCUUACCUUACCAACAUGAACAGAGCUAUAAAUAACAAUGGUGGGAAUAUAAUAAUCCCCAAGAAUCGGAGUAAAAAAAUGAAAAUGCUCUUGAAAGUGACACUUGGCUUUUGAAUACUUGAGACUUACAUGUUUUGGCUGAACAAUAGAGCCAGUUCUUAUUUCAGACCCUGGUAAAAAAAAGAGCCAAAGGCAUGUGGUGGUUACAAAUUACAGCAAGAUAUGGAAGAAAGAAAGGUUAAUACAAUGGAGAUGGGAAUUUUUGCAGCUAAUGCGCAGAUAAAAAAAAUGUUUGCAUUGUACUGCAAUUGCACUUGUACUUUUAAUAAAUAGAAAACUGUCAGUUAGAAUCAGAUA